CUAUUACAGCCCAUUGCUAGUUAACCCAUCGUCUGGUGGCUUUGCAGUAGGAAGUAAUCUGCUUGUCUGAUACCGUUCGACAGAUAGCAAGACGGGAACAAUGGAAUACAACGUCAACCCCUUGGACUUCCACCGUUCUCCUACCGGUAUGAAUGACUCUACUACAUCGAAUCCUCACCCGGAACAUGUAACGCAAGACCUUGAUAUCUUCGACGACCUCCAACUAGAGAAUAUUCAACCAGAUAGCCUUCAUCAUUUGAGAUGGGAUAUGCCCGUGCCAGAAGUAAUUGGCGUGGACGGACGCGUAUACAGCCAGCCCAACGCCUCCUCGGAUGCCUCGGCGAAGUCUUUUGAUCUCGAUACUGAAUUUUAUUAUCGGCAUGGUCCAUUAGAUGACGACUUAACGCCCGAGUCACUAGAAUCGCAACAAGCGAUUCACCCGUCGCAUGAUCCUAUCAAACGAAGGGUAUGCAAUAUUGAAGAUGAAGACAGCUCCCGAAAAUCCCACCUUCUACAGCAUAGCACGCGUAGAUGUAGUCAAUCUAAGCUCCCCUCGCCGUUAUCUUCCGGUGAUGAUUGUUUCACAGCCGGGGGUUUUCAAAAGGUGCAAAAACUCGAAAAGAAUCGCGUCGCUGCUAGCAAGUGCCGGGAGAAGAAAAAGAGGGAGACAGAGAAUCUCCAGACGCGGGCGAAGACGUUAACGGCCGAGAGGAAAGCGUUAAAGUUCAUGGCAGACGCAUUGCGAGAGGAAGUUAUCGAGCUUAGGACCGAAAUUUUGAAGCAUGGCAUGUGCGACUGUCAAGUCAUACAAAAAUAUAUAACGGAGAGUGCCAGGAACAUCGCUUAGGUCGAAUGGAAUGAAUCGAGAAGAGUCGACAAAGACUUGAUAUCCUUUGGCAGCUUCCUGGAUCUAAUGUCGGUCGCUUUUACUCGGCGUUGGUAGGGCAAAGGCACGGCUGUUAUAGGUGCAGACGCUGCCGAUAUUAGAGGACAUUUC